CAGCCGUACUUCCGCUUGCGUGUCCUCUUCCGCUUUGGACGCCAUCUUGCGCGAACGCACCUGAAAAGUGCAACGUUACAAUCCGUUGCCAUCGGCCUUUAGAUAGGCCGGUUUUCAUCAACCUACAAAGAUGGCAUUUCUACCGAAACUACUUUUGCUGUUUUUGAUCGCUUUGCCGACAUCGGUGUUCGUUGCAGAUGGCCCAGGCGUUGCUAUGGCACAGGAACAGGCUGAGGAUGUUGUAGAGGGGGAGGAUGAGGAGGAUGAGGAUGAGGCUGAAGUGGAGACGGAAUCUGACGAGGACGCAGGAGGCACGGAAACAGCUGCAGCUGAAACAGAAGAAGAAGAAGAGGAGGAGGAGGAAGAAGAACCAUUGAAGGCCUCUCCUGAUGCUGACACCACUGUGCUGUUCACCACUACGAACACCCUGCAGGACCAGCAGAUCCCAGCAACUAAGCUGGUGCGUGUUCUGGUUGGCUUCACCAACAAAGGUGACAAGGAUUUCAUCGUAGAGAGCAUGGAGGGUGCUUUCCGUUACCCACAGGACUACAGCUUCUACAUCCAGAACUUCACCACCUUCACGUUCAACACCGUGGUCCAGCCCAACACUCAGGCCUCCUUCGAGUACCUGUUCACUGCUGCCGAGCCAUUCGCUGGCCGUCCCUUCGGUCUGACCAUUGCCCUCAACUACAAGGACGCUGAUGGAAAUCCUUUCCUUGAUGCUGUUUUCAACGAGACCAUCAGUGUUGUGGAGCUGGAUGAGGGCUUGGAUGGAGAAAUGUUUUUCCUGUACAUAUUCUUGGCAGCUGCAGUGGUCCUACUCAUCAUUGGUGGGCAACAGUUAAUGGCAUCUAUGGGGAAGAAACGCCCAGCCAAGAAGCAGGUUGUCGAGCAGGGUACACAGAACCAGUCUGAUGUGGACUUCGACUGGAUCCCCAAGGAGACUGUGGACCAGAUGAACAAGAACUCCCCAAGGCGAUCUCCCAGAAGACGUGCCAAAAGAGCAACUGGAUCUGAUGAGAAAUAACAUCUAAACUGGAGAAGGAAUAACCCUGUGCAUUUUUAAACAUGGUUGGCUAUAAGUAAACUUUACACUCCCACCACACAA